AUGGACAGAUACAUACUUAGAUACCCCCGAGGUCGCGCGAGAGCGGGGGAGGAUGAGCGACCUGUUGGGACGGAAAAUCAGGAUACAACCAGGCAACGAAAAACGACAACGAAUACGAACAGUGGAAAUGUAUGCAGCUGUGGGAAAGUAUGCAAGAAUGAAAAGGGGCUGAAAAUCCACAUGGGGAGGAUGGGAUGUAAGCCAGAUCAGCAGCUAACACAACGCACAGGGCAACCUGGUGAGACGGAGGAGGAAGUGGUUCAGGACGAAAACCACAGCGACCGCAGCCUCCACGUGUUAGGUAACGACGAGGCUUCAUACAGUGAAAGUCAGGACAGCGAGGUCAAUAACCAAUCACAGAGCAUCAAUCAACAGCAAGAAGAGAUGGGAGACAACAGGGGUGCUGACAGUAAUAUAAGAAAGAAGAAAGUAAAAUGGCCCAACAGUAACAACAAAAGCAACUGGGAACAGUUUGACAAAGAUGUGGAUGCAAUUCUGAACACAACCCUUGCAGGCAGUAUUGACAGGAAAAUAGAAGCUAUGACAUCAAUUAUAUACAGCGUAGGUCUAGACAGGUUUGGUGCAGAACAAAGGAAAAAGUCACAAAAAGAAGGAAGGAAGAACAGGAGAGAGAGGGAAAUAGCAAAGAUGAGGAAAGACUUGCGGCAGCUUCGUAAGCAGUAUAGGAAGGCUACCGAUGAGGAGAAACCGGCCCUAUCACAGUUACGAAAUAACAUCAGGGAACAUCUCAAGAUAGCAAGAAGAGCAGAGAGAAGUAGGCGUAGAAGGAAACAGCGAGACAGAGCAAGAGCAAGAUUCACAGCAGACCCAUUUCAGUUUACAUCAAGAUUACUAGGAAAUAAAGGGUCCGGAUCAUUGAAAUCUUCGAAGGAAGACGUUGAGGAAUAUUUGAGGGAGAUGCACAGUGAUCCACAUAGGGAGGAAGAGUUGGGGGAGUGGGAGAAGUUGAUACAACCAGAAGAACCAAAUCAACCCUUUGAUGAAUCACCACCAAAACUAAAAGAAGUAGCAGAUGUUAUCAAGAAAGCUAGAGCAGCAUCAGCACCAGGACCAAAUGGUGUUCCUUAUAAAGUUUAUAAGAAUUGUCAACGGUUGACAAAGCGCCUCUGGAAACUGAUAAGAGUGAUUUGGAGGAGGGGCAGAUUGGCAGAUAGCUGGUACAGAGCAGAAGGCUGUUUUAUUCCCAAAGAAGAGAAAUCAGAGGCAUUGAAACAAUUUAGGACUAUAUCGCUCCUGAACGUAGAAGGGAAGAUAUACCUCGCAAUUUUAGCAAGGAGAAUGUCUAGGUACAUGCUUGAGAAUCAGUAUAUUGAUAUCGCUGUGCAGAAGGGAGGAGUACCCGGAGUAUCAGGAUGUAUUGAGCAUACAAGUGUACUGACACAGAUUAUCCGGGAAACAAAGGAGUCAAAAGGGGAGUUGGCAGUCAUCUGGCUAGAUCUAGCCAAUGCAUAUGGGACAGUUCCCCAUAAACUAGUCGAGCUGACACUUGAAAGAUACCAUGUACCAGAGAAGACGAGGGUAGUUUUAAAAGACUAUUUUGACCAUCUUCAACUAAGAUUCACAGUACAGGAUUACACAACAGCAUGGCAACGCUUAGAAGUUGGAAUAGUCACAGGAUGCACCAUAUCCGUAAUCCUAUUUUCAGCAGCAAUGAACGUGAUAGUCAAGUCAGUGGAGAAGAAGAGCAGAGGGCCAUGGAUGAAGUCAGGAGUACGCCAACCACCUGGGAGAGCAUUCAUGGAUGAUAUGACAAUAACAACCAAAACAGUUAUUGAAGCCAAGUGGACAAUACAUGAACUAGAACAAGCUAUCACUUGGGCAAGAAUGAAAGUAAAACCAAGCAAGUCCCGUAGCUUAGUGAUAAAGAAUGGAAAAGUAAAAGAAGUUAGAUUCAUGAUUGAAGGAGAGGCAAUACCAACAGUCUCAGAGAAGCCAGUAAAGUGUUUAGGGAAAUUCUUUAAUGACACAUUAACAGACAGACAAAAUGUGAAAGAAACAUGCAGACAGCUGGAUGAAUGGAUGAAAACUGUGGAUAAAAGUGGACUACCCGGUAAAUAUAAAGCCUGGAUAUACCAACAUGGGAUACUACCUCGCUUGCUGUGGCCGCUAUUGGUGUAUGAGGUACCAAUGAGCACAGUAGAAGGGAUGGAAACAACAGCGAGCAGAUACCUGAGGAGAUGGCUGGGGGUACCAAGAAGUUUCAGCAGCAUUGGAUUAUACAGCUCUGGGACUAAGCUACAGUUACCUCUAAAGUCAAUUACUGAGGAAUUCAAGGUGACAAAGGUGCGUCAGCACUUAAUGUUACAGAAUAGCAAAGACGAGAAGGUUCGGACAGCAAAAGUAGAUAUCAGGACGGGGAGAAAAUGGUCAGUAAAAGAAACUGUACAAGAAGCAGAAUCCCGCUUGAGACACAGUGACAUUGUUGGAAGACUGGCAAUAGGAAGGCAGGGACUUGAUGUCACACCAACAGCAAGAUGGGGUACAGCUUCGGUAGAAGAGAAGCGUAGUUUGGUGCAGAGGGAGGUGCGUGCAAUGGAGGAAGAUUCGAGAAUGGUCAAAGCAGUUGGAAUGAAGAAACAAGGUAGCUGGGUGAACUGGGAGAAUGCACGUCAAGUGAAGUUGGGUUGGAAUGAUAUUUGGAAGAUGGAACCAUUCAGACUUCAGUUUAAGCUGAAAUCAGUUUAUGAUGUUCUUCCCAGCCCAACUAAUCUGGUAACAUGGGGAAUGACAGAAGAUCCAAAGUGUGUCCUCUGUGGUAGACCAGCAAACUUGGAGCACAUAUUAUCAGCAUGCUCAGAGGCUUUGAAAGAUGGGAGAUACACUUGGAGACAUGAUAGAGUCCUAGCCAGUAUAGCUGACACCUUGGAGAAAGGUAUUAAAAGGCCAAAGAAGAACGCAGAGAGCCUGAGAUUCGUCAACUUUGUGAAAGAAGGUGAAAAGGGACAUAAAGUUAGAGUUGAAGGAAGUGGUCUCUUGGGGACCGCAACAGAUUGGCAGAUGCGGGUAGACCUUAAGGAAAGAUUAGUAUUUCCACCGGAAAUAAUAGCCACAAACAAGAGGCCGGAUGUAGUCCUUUGGUCAAUGGCUACAAGACAGACAAUUAUUUUGGAGUUAACAGUGCCAUGGGAAGAAAGGAUGGAGGAUGCAUAUGAAAGGAAAAAUCUUAAGUACCAAGACCUACUGAAAGAUUGUCAGCAGAACGGAUGGAAGGUCUGGUUUUUUGCAGUGGAAGUGGGUUGUAGAGGAUUCGUGGGACAGUCUAUGUGGAGAGCACUGAGAGCCAUUGGCAUAACGGGAGCAGAGAGAAGGAGGCUGAUAGGGAAUCUGUGCAGGGAGACGGAAUCAGCGUCCAUGUGGUUGUGGAGAAGAAGAGCAGAUAAGUGGAAAGACAAUAAACAUUAG